UUAGCAUCAAUUACGCUCUAUCCUCCUCAUACACAUUGUACACGUGCCGACUGUCCCUCUGCACAGAUGCAGCUACCGCUUAAAAAAGAGGAAUCUCGCCAAGUCGUAUUACAUACCCUCCAUGGCAUCGUACCAGCCUGGUCCAUCCAUCUUACCUGUCGCGCAUGUGGCACAAUAUAUCAGAACAACUUUUCUAUCUCAGCAAACCGGCGUUGGUAUUAUGACGGUAUUCCAGACUACAUACAGGUGUCUGACCAUCACUUCGUGGAUUGCAAGGUUGCCAACUUGUGGACAGAGCUGCACCUCAAAAGCCAUGUCUCAGCACAAGCAUGCGCUCUCAUAUAUGAUAGCGCUUUGUCUGCCAAAGAGGAACUUGCAUUAGAAGAGGCUGGUUGGCGCUUUGGCUUCAAGUUGAAGAACGAACACGUCUGGGAUGCUUUCUUAGUCCUUGCGCUUACUGCAGACUGUAAACAACAAGGUGUAUGCCUUGACGUACCCAAUGGUGGUUUCCAGAACCGCCACUUCUGUGAAGCCAUGAGGGCUCACAAUGAAUGCAUCAUCUGUCAAGGUCAGCCAGCACUUCGCCACUACUGUGAUGUAUGUAUGCGCACAUACUGGGACCAGCAUGGCGGUGCUCGUAAAGUCCAGGUGGUUGUUACGGAUGGGCUUUCAAUGGGUCGCCCAUGCUGCAAUGUCUUCAGGUGUCGAAAUCCACUCGCUAAUAACCGUCAGCGUUUCUGUCAGCCUCAUCUUGAUGAAGGCUUCGACAACAUUUGCGCAGUCGAGAGCUGCAAUGCUCCUGUGAUCACAGGACACAAAGCAUGUGGCCAUCCAGCGCACCAGGAGAUGGAGAAACUUCACAAUGAAAAGAUGCGCGCCAACUUUCAGGCUGUUCAGUGCCUCCAACGGCUUGGAGCAGCCCAGCCAAAUGAUGCCAUGGUCGCAGACCAACUUGCGGAUGCCCUUGAUCUGGAGUUUAGAGAUGAAUGGUACAAGGUCGACCCUGGUUCGAAAUCCAUCCAGCUCUUUGCCAUCCAUAACCCCUCUUCAACUGGCGAGUCAGACAUGCAACGCAGCAAUACCUGUGAUGGCAAGUCUGACCUUGGCAACCGCAAACUUAGGGCAAAAUUCGGUCGCAGUCGCACUCACAACGAGCAGAUAGUUGUGUGUCCAUGUGGGAUUAUUGUUGCUCGUGCUACUAUGGUUGGCGCUGAGGCAGUAUCUAAUGUUCUGGUGUGUGCCUUUUUUCACAUCUCCGCUGUCUCACUCUAA